AUGAAGGUCCUUGCUGCCCUCGCGCUGAGCGCCAUGGCCAUGGCCAAACCAACUCCUCCCAUGCCGGGCAUGUCUUUGAUUCAGACUGGUCCCCAGGAGACUCGCUGGGUCACUGCUGCCGAGAAGCUCGACCUCGUCAUGAACCAUGUUGGCUUCUUUGACAUCACCGACCGACCAGAGACCGCCAGCAUUGCUGCCAAGCCCAAGUCCUAUGCCUUCCCUGGCAACGUCAGCCACCAGGCCGAGGUCAAGCCUCUGCUCGAGAAGAUCUCUGGCGACCACAUCAAGUCCAACCUUGAGAUGUUCUCCAGCUACCCCAACCGCUACUACAACGCCCAGUCCGGCGUCGAGUCCGCUCAAUGGGUCAUGGAACAGGCCCAGUCGGUCGUCGGCCAGGUCAAGGGUGCCACCGUCGAGAUGGUCAAGCACAAGUGGAUGCAGCCCAGCGUCCGUGUCAUCAUCCCCGGCAAGUCUGAGAAGAUUGUCGCUGUCGGUGCUCACCAGGACAGCAUCAACGGCAACAACCCACAGGGCGAGGCCCCAGGUGCCGACGACAACGGCUCCGGCUCCAUGACCAUCCUCGAGGCUUUGACUGCUCUUGUCUCUGACCAGAAGAUCGCUGGUGGCGAGGCUACCAACACCCUUGAGUUCCACUGGUACGCAGGUGAGGAGGAGGGUCUGCUCGGCUCUCAGGACAUCUUCCAGGAUUACAAGCAGCAAGGAAAGGAGGUCGUUGCCAUGCUUAACCAGGACAUGACUGGCUACGGCGAGACCAUGGGCAUCAUCAACGACAACGUCGACGCUGCCCUCACCACCUUCACCAAGAUGAUCCUCGAUGUCUACACCUCCGCCAAGUACGCUGACUCCGAGUGCGGCUACGGCUGCUCUGACCACGCCUCUGCCAACAAGGCCGGAUACCCAUCUGCCUUCGUCUACGAGGCUGAGUUCGGCAAGGACAACCCAGCUAUCCACUCCCCCGAGGACACCCUUGACAAGCUUGACCCUGCCAAGAUGGCUGAGCACGCUAAGCUCGUUGUCGGCUUCGCCUACGAGCUUGCCUUUGCUACUUUGUAA